UAGCCGUUAGAGUGGCCAGAUCGUUGAGGAUAAAAUCCGUUAGUUUUGUCAAGACGCUUAAAACAGCAGGCUAAUCAAACUUUAAAUUUACUGUUAAAUUGCUUAAUUAUGUUUCGAAUUCAUUGCAACAAGUGCUUUUGUCGCCGCAAUACACUUCCGACGUUGGUCUUUCACAUGUCUCGAUGCCAGCACGUAAUAUGCGACACCUGUUUGAACCAAUCCUCGGAAGAAAAGAAGUGUCCAAUUUGCAAGGUGGAUCUUAAUACCGUUCCGAUCAACCGGCAAUUGCCCCGUGGCGUGGCCAACUACUUCGAGGAUCCACUUCGAUUCCAGGUGCUCUACCGCAAGAUCAGCAAGUUUCAUGUCGACCAGCGGGCAUCGGACAACCUGGGGUUCUACCGCCAGAUGCAGGAGCACGAGAAGAACAAACUCCGGCUGGAGGGCUUCUGCAAGAUGGAGGCACAGAUCAACCAGCAGAUCCAACUGGAGAAGAAACGGAUCGCCGAUCUGCGUGCUUACAUCUCGUUCCACGAGGAAGCGGCUCAGAAAAGGCGCCGGAGCAGCAUGGAUGAUAUGCAUCAUGCCAAGGAACUCCACCGGCGUCGUGGUCUACGUCCUCGAACACCCUCCAUUAGCACGACGGACAACACCCAGUCGGAUGAGGCCAUAGAGACCUUUUUCCUGGACUCGGACACAGAUUGCCCGGCGUUGGGCCAAACCCGUGAUUCGCGCAAGAGAAGAUUCGACGGGAAUAUAAACGAGUUCAAUAUCUAAUCAGUUAAUAUCCUCACCGAAAUUACAGAAAUUUUAAUUUUAAUUAAGUUAUGGAUAAUCUUGAACUUUAACCAAACAAGGAAAACAAAGAAAGGUUGUAGCAGAACAACACAGUAGAAACUUUCGACCCUAAUCAAAUAUUUCAGAAAGCGAAGCAUAAUUUCACAUAUAUUUUCCUAAAGCCACCAAUAUUUUCAAGCUCUCUAAGUUUAUGCUAAGGAUCAACAAUAUUAUUAUAUUAAUUGUUUAGUCAAUACAAAUAUAAACCAUAUGUACACUAA